AUGACCCAACACCUCAGAUGGGAGCAGCAACUGUCGCCCUUCGCCGUGGGGGUGCUGGCUGUCUCCUUCGGCAGCAGCUCUUCUUUGUCUCUUUCCCUCGCCCGCCGUUGGCCCCGCAGUCUCCCCCCAGACACGCCUUUGGUGUUCAGCAGCAGCAGCAGCAGCAGCAGCAGCAGCAGCAGCAGCAGCAGGGUGUCUGCAGCAGCAGCUUUUCAGGGCAUUUGCGCAGCAGAAGCAACUCCAACUCUCCUCCAGUCCCCAACAAACAUAGUGGGAGGUCUUAGGGGCCCCCUACAGAAGAGGGGCCCCCAGGGGGGCCCCCCGGGGGGCCCCCCGGGGGGCCCCCAGGGGGGCCCCCAGGAUGAGGGGCCCCCCGCGUGGGGCCCCCUGGGGGGCCCCCAGGGGGGCCCCCAGGGGGCCCCCUGGUUCGAAGGGGGGCCCUUUGGUUUGUUGAAGUGGCUGUCUUUGGGGGCCCCCGUUUUGAAAGAAGAAGAAAGACAAUUGUCUUUGCUGCUGCUGCCAGAUGAUGCUGCUGCUGCAUGCAAGUGGGUCUUUGCUUUUGCUGCUCCUCGUGCUGCUGUUGUUGCUGUCAAGCCCCAGGUUUCCCUUCGGAGAGGACUCACCACCAAGGUGCAGUGGGUGUUCUCGAGGGGCUGGGGCGAAGAGAGUUUUAGGGUUUUAUACUCUUUGGAGUGGCGGCCUGGUUUGCUGCACUUGACAUUAAAAGGAAAGACCAAUGGUCUAUCCGUGGCCUUCCCGCUGCGGCUGUUUGCUGCUGCUGCGGAGCUGCAGCAGCAGCUGCAGCAGCUGCAGCGCCUGCAGCAGCAGCAGCACCUGCUGCAGCAGCAAACCGCAGCAGCAGCAAUCCAGGGCUUCUUCCUCAGCAACCCCGCCUUUUUCUCUGCUGCUCUUUUUGCUGCUCUUUGUGUCCCUCCUUCUCUCUUCCUCUGCAUGCAAAACCCAGAACAAGUUAUUGCCGGUCCCUUGCGCGGUGUGUCUGCUGCUUGGUGCAUGCUGCUGAGCUUUGUGUCGCGGGCAGCAGCAGCAGCAGCAGCAGCAGCAGCAGCAGCAGCAAAGGGGCGUUUUUCUCUGGAAUAUCUGGACUCGUUUGCGCGUCUGCUGCGCCGCGAGCCUGCUGCUGCAGCGCAGCAGCAGCAGCAGCAGCAGCAGCAGGAGGCCCCCGAAGCGCUUGCUGCAGCGCGGCGUGCUGCUGCUCUCGAAAGGGCCCUCGCGGAGCAGCGGCUGCUGCUGCGAGAAGCAGAAAAUGUCUUAGCAGCAGAAAAGCAAAAGGGGGGCCUCAUAAUUCUGGAGGCUUACUUCGGCACUCUUGCAGCAAUUCGCCGCUCCCAAGCAGCAGCAGCAGCAGCAGCAGCAGCAGCAGACGCAGCAGCAGCAGCAGCAGCAGACGCAGCAGCAGCAGGCAGCGAGGGGCCCUCCAGCCCCCCCGGACCAGUCAGCAAGCAGCAGCAGCAGCAGCAGCAGCAGCAGCAGCAGCAGCAGCAGCAGCAGCAGCAGCAGCAGCAGCAGGGUGUUUAG